ACAGGCCUUCCCCGCCCCGCUCCAAUCCUGGCGGAGGCGGGAAUAAGGGAAAUACGCGGGGCGGAGUUUGUGGAGGAAGAUGGCGGCCACCAGGGCUCCGUCCCUAACGGCCGCGGUGCUGAGAGCUGUCAUUCCCUGGAGGAGGGCCAGGGUCCUCGAGGCCUCUGCGGAACUGCAGGCGCGUCGGAAAACGUCGUCCUCCAGCCCCGAGGCUGGCGAAGGACAGAUCCGCCUCACAGACAGCUGCGUCCAGAGGCUUCUGGAAAUCACCGAAGGGUCGGAAUUCCUCAGGCUGCAGGUGGAGGGAGGUGGAUGCUCCGGAUUCCAAUAUAAAUUUUCACUGGACACAGUUAUCCACCCGGAUGACAGGGUAUUUGAACAGGGUGGGGCAAGAGUGGUGGUUGACUCUGAUAGCCUGGCUUUCGUGAAAGGCGCCCAGGUGGACUUCAGCCGCGAACUGAUCCGAAGCUCAUUUCAAGUGUUGAACAAUCCUCAAGCACAGCAAGGCUGCUCCUGUGGGUCAUCUUUCUCUAUCAAACUUUGACAAGAUGACAGGGGACCCUGAGAUUGCUGGCAACUGUACUAGUCUGAGACAUCUGAGAUUAGUAGAAUUCUAGAGGUUUCUAAUCAUGUCCUCAUGGUUUUGUUUUCCUUAAUCCAGCAGUAUGUAUGUUUGCCACUGUUACUUUCAAAAUGUGAAGCUUUCACACUUGGCCAAAAUAGCCUCUUUCCACCUUCCCUUUAUAUGAUGCUAAGGCCACUCUUCCAAAUGUUACCUCAGGUUUAAUCACUGGUUGAAACCCAAUAUAGCCGGGUGUGGUGGUGUACACCUGUGAUCCCAGGACUUGGGAAACUGAGGCAGGGGAAUUGCUGUGAGUUCAAGGCUAGCCUGAUCUACAUAACAAGACCAUAUCUCAAAAACAAAACUCUAAUAUUAUCUAUAGAGCCCCAAGCCUCCAAAAUUUGGAGUGACUUCAUUGGCCUUCAGAACUGCUUGUACAUAUUUGUAUUAACUAUGCAUAAAAACCUCAUUUUAAAGAAAGUCCUCAUUUACUUGUGUUUUGAAUUAGGGUCACAGAUUAGGUAGUUUGAACACCAGUUACUAGGCCAGAACAGAUGAGAAAGGCACAUGAAAUGUCUUUUUCAUUUUACACAUCCUGAAUGUAUUACUAACAUUUUUGUUUUCUCCUGUAACCCAUUUGCCUCUUCUCUUAUGAUAGGGCAGAUACAUUUUGUUGUCAUACUUGUCAGUCUGCUAGGAUUCAUAAAACCAAGAGCCUCUCCACCAGAAUACUUGGACCAUAUCCCUUCUGAUACCUGAAUUACUUGAAAAAUAGCCUCUCUAUACUCAUGUAGACAUUUGAAGAGCCUGUGACCAUUUACUAACUGAAUCUUUUCAGAAUGUAUGCUUCCUUUAUGGUGAAAAAGUCUUUGGUCUCGUCCAGAGCAGGAUCUAAUUUCUUCACUAUUGUAGAUAAUAGAUAGUGGCCUUUUGGGUUACCAGAUGAAAUGUAGGAUGCCAAGUUGUACUUUUUUUUGUUGUUGUUACUGGGAACCAAACUCAGGACCUUGUGUUUGCCAGGCAGACAUUGUGCCACUGAGCUACAUCCCCAGAGCCCAGUUAUAUUUGAAUUUCAGAUAAGCAGUGACUUUUUUUAGUAUAAGUAUGUUGUGUAAUAUUUCUAAUAUGAGUAUGUCUCAUCACAACAAAUAGCACUAACACUGGGAAAACCACAACGGGGUUGAUUCUGAAAGAGUUAUUUGUUAAGUCCAUCUUUUCCUUGAGAGCCUAAAAGUUUGGUAUAGCAAAAACUUGCUGAAUAGGAUAGGAAUUAAGGUUUUUAGUAAGAAAACUUGCCAUUAAAAAAACCUCAAAAAAUGGAAAUGUGAGAAAACCUAGAAUUUCUGGACAUGAGCCCAGAACUCAGGCGGCUGAGUCAGGAGAAUUGCCUAGAGUUUGAGGUCAACCUGAACUACAUAGCAAGACUGUGUCUCAAAAAAAAAAAAGAAGACCUAGAAUUUAGAGGAAACAAGCCUAUCAUGUGGUUAGAAGAAAGAAAUGGAUUCUUGGGACCCUGAACAGAUUUCUCAGCUGUCUAUGACAGGAGGUGGAAAGCAGCAUGGCACAGAAAUGUCUUCUUAUUCCAUCACCAGGAUAGUUGCAGCCAGUAUGUAGGCCUAAUAAGAUUUGCAGUCCUUUCAUCAUUCUUAAAAAGAGAUUUUGCUAACACUUCAAAUUUUAGAACAUAUUCUUCCAGAAUACUUUUGAGGGUUAUCAAUUUGGUGGUUUUAAAACUCCAAAGUGUAAGCAGCAUAGCUUUAGUUGCUAAACAGAUUGCACUAAAUUGCCGUGGUCAACUGGGCAGAAGCAUGGUGCCUUGGAAUGUAUACCUGCUGUUAGCAGGAGAAUUGGAAUUCCAUGAUUAGAAAUAGGUGGGUUCGAGCCAGGUGUGGUGCACACCUGUAAUGCCAGAGCUCACAAGGCUGAGACAUGAGGAUUGCUGCAAGUCUGAGGCCAGCCUGAACUGCAUAGUGAGAUCCUGUCUCAAAAAGAAAAAGGUGGAUCAGGAAAAAGUCACCUCACUUCACACUGAGAGGAUAUCAUAAGGAAACAAAGUGGCAAGAGGUCAUCUUCGUGGAUAGGGCAGGGAUAAUAACAGCAGCAAGAGGAAACUGGGCCAUUUGCUUGACGAAUCAACAUUGUAAGCAGAUUUAGGGUCUUCUGCAGGCCCUUUCUGGCCAGAAACCCUCUUCCCAACGGGCCAUAAAGCCAGUAGAUGUUUCACAAAUUCUGUUCACUGUGCAAAUUCAUUUAGGGAAACUUUAUAUUCUUCCCGUAUCACUUGGAAGAUCUUUAGUUUUCCCAUUACUUUCCAGGGCAGAUUUGUUGCAGAACUGGCUUUAAUGUUUUAUGCAAACAGAUGCCUGGGCAUCACAGUCCCCCUGGCCCCCUCUUUUUUUUUUUUUUUGCCGUGGGGAUUGUAGCCAGGGCUGGGGCCUCAGGUAUGUUAGGCGGUACACUCCAUCUCUUCUUUUCCCCUUCUUUUUCUCCUUUCCUCCUCCUCCUCCUCUGAUUAAACCCAGGGAAUCUUUGGGAAUGUUUCAAUAGAUUAGGAGAAAAAUCUGUUGAGAUUAAACUGGGCAUGGUGUUUGUAAUCCCAGCACUCAGGAGGCUGAUGCUGAGAGGGUCACCACAAGUUUGAGGCCAACUCAGGCUACUUAGCAAGCUCAAGGCUAACCUGAAAUGUAUGGCAACACCCUGUUUUCAAAGCCAAAACCAAACCCAAACAAACUCAAAGCAUUAGUGCGCUGACACUUGGCCGGAGCAACCAGGUAUAAGGAAUAGACCACUUUCCCUUGAACUCUAGCCCCAAGGUAAUGCUGUGAGCUGGCCUUCUGCAAGGUCCAGCACUGUUCAUUGCAAUAUUAUGGUUUCAUAUGUUUGUCCAAAAGGCAAGAAACACCUUUAUUUUUCUUGAUACCUAGAGUUGAUAGUUACUUAUUUUUGGGUCCCGGGGAUUGAACGCACAACUGCACACCUGCUUAUGCCACCGAGCUAAUUUCCUAGCCCUGGGUCAAUACUUACAAUUGUUCUCUUAAAAUCCACUUGGCCUUUCCCCUUAAAAAUGUUACCAGGCAGCUAAAUAAAAGUUUGCUUUUGUUGUUUGAUUUUUUGAGGCAGGGACUGUGUAAUCCAGGCGAGUUUUGAACUCGCUAUGUAGCACAGGCUGGCCUCAAACUUACAGCACACCUGCCUCAGCCUUCCAAGUGCUAGGAUUUCAGGUAUGUGCCACCACACCCAAUAAAAGUUUGCUUUAUAAAAUUUUGAAAUAUUUGUCACCUGAUUUUAACUGUAAAGUGUAAUCGGAUAAAUAUGUAGAAUACAGGGCAUUUAAGCAGUCUGGCCAACAGCUGUAUUUAAAAAUAUUUUAUUUUUUGAAUAAUACAAGUUUAACAAGACACAAAAGAGCUUACAGUGAAAAGUCUCCCAAUGUUGUUCCUAUCCACCCUGUCACCUCACAACCACAAUUGUUUUAAAGAAUUUAUCCAAAAUACAACAUGAAAUAACAUGCACAGGAUAUUCAUUACAGCAUUAUUAGCAAAAAGAAAAAAAAAAUGGACAUCUAUGUCAAUGAAUUGAUUAAUUACAGUUUAUCCAUUCAAUAGAAUGGUGUACAGUUAUGAAGUAGAAUGAGACAAUUCUUUAUGUGUAAGUAUAAAGUGAAAACAAUACAGAACAGCAUGCAUAAUAUACCAUUUGGAUUCUUAAUAAAAAAUGUGCACACACA